AUGCUAAAAAUCCUAAUCCCCACCUUAAUGCUAGUGCCAACAAUUUGAUUCUCCCCCGCUAAGUGACUCUGACCCUCCUCCCUUCUCCACAGCCUAGUAAUCGCCCUGGCCAGCCUUACCUGACUAAAAAACCUGUCAGAGACAGGGUGAUCCUCUCUUAACCUCUACAUGGCAACAGACCCCCUCUCUACCCCCCUGCUAGUCCUCACCUGCUGGCUUUUACCCCUCAUAAUUCUUGCUAGCCAAAACCACACAGCCCUGGAGCCCAUCAAUCGGCAACGAAUAUACAUUACACUCCUGACGUCAUUACAAAUUUUCCUAAUCUUAGCCUUCAGUGCAACCGAAAUUAUUAUAUUUUACGUCAUAUUUGAAGCUACUCUUAUCCCAACCCUAAUUCUAAUCACCCGAUGAGGCAAUCAAACAGAACGACUCAAUGCAGGGACCUACUUCUUAUUCUACACUUUAGCAGGCUCUCUCCCGCUUCUUGUAGCCCUUCUACUUCUACAAAACAACACAGGCACUCUCUCCAUACUUACCCUACAAUAUUCCGACCCUAUAUUACUUUCAACCUACGCCGACAAACUCUGAUGAGCAGGUUGUCUACUGGCUUUUCUAGUAAAAAUACCUCUUUACGGAGUCCACCUCUGACUUCCUAAAGCACACGUUGAAGCACCCGUCGCCGGCUCCAUAAUCCUUGCUGCCGUGCUCUUAAAACUAGGGGGAUAUGGCAUAAUACGAAUAAUGGUCAUGUUAGAGCCCCUAACAAAAGAACUAAGCUACCCCUUUCUUAUCUUCGCCCUUUGAGGGGUAAUUAUAACCGGCUCAAUUUGCUUACGCCAAACAGACUUAAAAUCUCUCAUUGCUUAUUCAUCAGUUAGCCACAUAGGCCUAGUUGUAGGGGGCAUCCUCAUCCAAACCCCAUGAGGAUUUACAGGAGCCCUCAUCCUUAUAAUUGCACAUGGCCUAACAUCCUCAGCCCUAUUCUGCCUAGCAAAUACCAACUACGAACGAACCCACAGCCGGACCAUAGUUCUAGCACGAGGACUACAAAUGGCCCUUCCCCUAAUAACAACAUGAUGAUUUAUUGCCAGCCUUGCUAACUUAGCCCUCCCCCCUUUACCUAACCUAAUAGGAGAACUAAUAAUUAUCACAUCAUUAUUUAACUGAUCCUGAUGAACCCUCGCACUAACAGGGGCUGGUACCCUAAUCACUGCAGGCUACUCACUCUAUAUGUUCCUUAUGACUCAACGGGGCCCACUUCCAGCCCAUAUUAUUGCCCUUGACCCCUCCCACUCUCGAGAACAUUUACUAAUAGCCCUUCACCUCCUCCCCCUAAUCCUGCUAAUCCUCAAACCCGAAUUAAUUUGAGGGUGGGCCGCUU